CUUGGUGUGUUUCUAAUUAUCUACGUGACUCUUCAAGUUUUCUCACAGUCUAGAGUACCUUUUCUGAGGACCUGCUACAUACUCUUGCUCUACAUUGUCGUCAAUCGAGCCUCAUCUCUGCUAGUCAAUCAUCCUCCAAUUGAUCCCAAACUUGGCUGACUCGCAGAAGCGGCGCUUCCCAUAUUGUCUUUAACCCUCUAGCUCGUCAAGCUUUUUUUUUCGGCGGAGUUUCGGGUGACUACCUAGUCGACAUCGUGCCAUUGUCUCUUCAGAGACCCCGCCGACAUAGGAACCGGACGGGCAGGUUACAAAGAGAAAAUCUCAUUGUUUGCGCAGUUUGCGACAGAUAUCAUACCUUACACACACUCACCCCGCCAUUGAAACAUCACCAAACCCCGCGCUCCUCUUUACCUUGAGCAUCAUCUGGCGAUAACGGAGUGGAAUUCUAGGGGGCUCUCAACCCAUUCUAUCGGCUGGGUGAAGAGAGAGGUCGUGGCAUCUCUUACUUUACACCUUUUCAGAACUUAAUCCCAGCUCUUCAGAGAAAGGCCCGCCAUAAGCUCAUCGCCGGCGCAGACUCACUGAGCCGCUCGUCGCUUCCGGACCACCCCGCACACCCGGGACAUCAUAGAGUUUUUUUCUUCUUCCGCCCGGCCUAUCGCCGUAACACCGGCAUGACCACGACAACCAUGGACGCCUCCGGCAAGGACCGCGUCUACGAAGACACCGGCCUGGGCCCCGGCACCAGUUCCCCCGACAUGGACGCUCGUGACCAAGAGCUCGCAGACCGCAUCGCAGAACAGAAAAUCGUCCGCAAACUAGACAUGCACAUCGUGCCCCUCGUGAUGCUCCUCUACCUAUUCAGCUUCCUCGACCGCGUCAACAUCGGCAACGCCCGCCUCUACAACCUCGAACGCGACCUCAACCUCCAAGGCAACCAAUUCCAAGUCGCCGUCUCAAUCCUCUUCGUAACCUACAUCAUCUUCGAGGUCCCUUCCAACCUCGUCCUCAAGCUCCUCACCCCGCGCCGCUGGAUCGCCUUCAUCACAGUCUCCUGGGGCAUCAUCGCCACUCUCACAGGCUUAGUAAACUCCUACGGCGCCCUCAUCGCAUGCCGCCUCCUCCUGGGCGUCGUCGAAGCAGGCCUCUUCCCGGGGUUGAACGUCUAUCUCACCUUUUUCUACAGUAAGCACGAGCUUGCACUGCGCGUGGGGUAUCUCUUCGUCAGCGCUGCCAUCGCGGGCGGGUUAGGUGGUCUAUUGGCGUACGGGAUCGGGCACAUGGAGGGUGUUGCUGGUUUGAGCGGGUGGCGGUGGAUUAUGAUCAUUGAGGGCUUGCCGACGGUCGUGCUUGGUGUGGUGACGUAUUUCGCGCUACCCAACGAUGCGGGGAGCGCGUAUUUCUUGAGCGAGGAGGAGAAGGCGGUGUUGGUGAGGCGGAGGGGGAGGGAGUACGGCAACACGAGCAGCGCGCAGGAGUUCAGUCGUGGGGAUAUGCUCAAGGCGUUUAUGGAUUGGAAGGUGUGGGUGUUUUGCGUUACGCAGUUUGGGGCCGAUACGAUGCUCUACGGCUUCUCGACUUUCCUCCCGACCAUCAUAAAUGGUCUCGGAACGUGGACGGCGGCGCAGGUGCAGCUGCUGACUGUACCGUGCUACUUUCUCGGUGCAGUGGUGUACAUGACCAUGGCUUUCCUCUCGGACCGCACACAAAAGCGCGGCCUGUUCUGUGUCAUCUUUGGGAGCAUCAGCGUCAUCGGUUACGGCGUGCUCAUAUCACCGACUUCAAAUGGUGUUCAUUACUUUGGAUGCUUCCUUGUCGCCGCGGGAUUGUACGUUGUGGUCGGGUUACCACUUGCUUGGCUUCCGAACAACUCGCCGAGAUACGGCAAGCGGACGACCGCGAGUGGUAUGCAGCUCACCAUCGGCAACUGCUCCGGCGUCAUGUCGUCCUUCAUCUACCAAGCCGUCGAUAAGCCGCGCUAUAUCCGCGGUCACGCCGUGACGCUGAGCAUGGUCGGUAUGGCAACAUGCAUGUACGGUUUCAUGUGGUUCUGGUACUCGAGGGAGAACAAGCAGCGGCAGGGCGGUCGUAUGGAAAACAAGUACGUCGACCUCUCUGAUGACGAGCUGGCGGAGCUGGGCGAUGAGAGUCCGCGGUUCCGGUACACCAUUUAAGGUGAUGCGAGAAGAUGUCAGUGGGAGGACGGUUUGAAGAAGACGCGAAGAGUUUAUAUGGGACGAAGAUCUCGCGGUGAAGAGAUGCCUAGUUAAAAUUGGUCGAGGAUACCAUAAUAGAUACCCC